CAAGGGAACCUCAGCUUAGUGUUCCGGAGGCAGAAGGAGAAACCAGCAGGCGGCACCGGGCUCUCGCUCCUCGCAGCCGACUUGGCCACUAUUCGUAGCACUUGUGGACAUUGACACCUCUUCUUCUUUGUUAUGAUCGGGAGUGUUUAUUUUUCAGAGUAAUUUUUAACCAGCUUGGAUUCUACGUUGGUUUGGUGCCGACGUCUUCCACCCUGUCCGGCGCAGCAAACGCCAUACCAAAACCUGACCUGAAUCCAGAAGGAAAGUGGUCCAAAAACAAGAGUGGAGGACAGUUGGAGGGGCAUCUUCUCAUCGGGCGGUGGCUGCAGUGACGGAGGAGCACAUGAGGAGCGUUGUGACGGCGGCAUCCUGACCAGUAACCUUGCCUCUGCUCCGCAACCCCCCCCCAAGGAAGCUGGCGACCACUCCUCCGAUAGGCAUGAGGUCCUUCCGUUCCUUCAGCAAUGACGACCGCCACGUCAUGGCCAAGCACUCCACCAUCUACCCGACCUCUUGCGAAUUGGUGGCGGUUCAGACGUUGGUGUCCAACGUGGAGCGCGCCCUCAAACACGUCUCGGACUGGCUGGAUCAGGCGAGCUCGGAGGCACUCGGACAACUCGACAGCCAAGCGGCGGACGCCACCGAAGAUGACGAGGAAGCUGAAGGGUCCGCCGAAGGCCACCGGGAGUCCAGCAGCGGUCGAGUGUUGUGCGGAGUGAUGAGAAUCGGCUUGGUUGCGAAAGGCCUCCUCAUAAAAGGUGACAUGGACCUGGAGCUGGUCUUGUUGUGCAGCGACAAACCCACACAGACACUCUUGGACUCGGUCUGUCACAACUUACCCGGGCAACUAGAGAAGCUGACAGAGGAGAAAUACGAGGUCACAAGCUCCCCGCCCGAGGCGGCCAUCGUGGUACGGACUACGACGGAGCCCAAACUCACACUGAAGAUCACACUCACUUCCCCGGCCAUGAGAGAUGAUGAUGAUGAGGAGGAGGAGGAAGAGGAGGAGGAGGAGGGGGAAGAAGCAGAGGAGCAUGAGGAGUUACCUGUCGAGGGGGCUGAAGAGCUGGCGGAGGAAGAGGAGGAGCAGGAGAAGAGGAACGGCCACGUGUUGGGUGCUGCCGCGCAAAGAGUGGAGGCUGAGGAGGAGGAGGAGGAAGAGGGAGAGGUGCUGGAUAGACACAGAUGUCUGUUGGCCCUGGCAGCGCUACGACACGCCAAGUGGUUCCAGGCUCGAGUGAAUGGACUCAAGUCCUGCGUUAUCGUUCUCAGGAUACUUAGAGACAUGUGCAAUAGACAACCCGCCUGGGAGCCGCUUAACGGAUGGCCCUUGGAACUGAUCUGCGAGAAGGCCAUCGCCACCUGCAACAGGCCUCUCGGGGCAGGCGAGGCCUUGCGCCGGGUCAUGGAGUGCCUCGCCUCGGGCAUUCUGCUACCAGGCGGUCCGGGUUUACGCGACCCGUGCGAGAAAGAGCCCACAAACACGUUAGCCAACCUGACGGAUGAGCAAGCGGAGGCCAUUACCUUUAGCGCACAGCGUGCUCUCAGGCUCAUGGCGUUUGGGCAGAUCUGCAAAGUGCUGGAGAUGGAGCCGCUUCCCUCAAAUAAAUCUUUGCAGAAAUACUCUUGGUGCGACAAAGAAGGCUUGGGUCUGAAAAGGCCGUACGACGAGGGAAUGAUGGACGACAAGGAGCUCAUCAAGAAGAUGAAGAGGAACCUUAGGCGAGUCCUCGACAGCAAAGCCAUAGACUCCAACCAGCCAAUGAACGCCCUGAUGCGCUUGAACCAGAUCCGUCCCGGCCUGCAAUAUCGCCUCCUGUCCCAAUCGGGCCCGGUUCACGCCCCGGUCUUCACCAUGUCCGUAGACCUGGACGGAACCGUUUACGAAGCAUCGGGGUCCUCCAAGAAGACCGCCAAGCUUCAUGUUGCUGUCAAGGUUCUCCAGGCGAUGGGCUACCCGACGGGUUUUGACUCGGAUUUGGACCCCAUGAGCUCGGACGAGAAGUCUGACGGCGAAGGCAAGAGCGAGACGUCCUCGCACACGAGCAAUAACGCAACACACUCCUCAGACGGCUCCAACACGCUGGAGGUGAGAACUCAGGGCCCCAUCCUGACGGCGAGUGGGAAGAACCCUGUCAUGGAGCUGAACGAAAAAAGACGAGGUCUCAAGUAUGAGCUCAUCUCUGAAAGCGGAGGAAGCCACGAUAAGCGCUUUGUCAUGGAGGUGGAAGUGGACGGACAGAAGUUCCGUGGGGCAGGCCCCAACAAAAAGGUAGCAAAGGCCAGCGCUGCUUUGGCCGCGCUGGAAAAACUCUUCUCCGGUCCCAAUGCUGCUGCAAACAAGAAAAAGAAGCUGCUGCCUCAGACCAAAGGAGCUCUGGCUGCGGCGGCGGCGGCCUCAGCGGUGGCAGCUCAGGUAGCCCGAGGAAGAGGACGAGCCACCCUCGCACGCGGAGCCUUCGUUAGCGCCGCGGCGCCGGGAUACGUCACGCCAGGCUUCGGAACGCCGUACGCCUACAGCCCCGCCGCCGCCGCAGCUGCUCCUGCUUACGGCGGUCUUUUCAUCGACAAUCCCUUCUACCAGCCGCGGACCCUCGCGCCCUUCAUCAUCCAUCUGGGCCCCCAGGAUCUCUUCUCUGACUUCUAGAGGAGAUGACAGGUUUUUGGACCACCACCACCACCUCGUCACACUUCCUGCCUGUUUUUCCUUUUUUCUUUUUUUUUGCCUUUCUAUUCUUGCUGCUGCACUCCGAUUUCUAAACAGGCAGCGGAACGUGACUGCUCGUCUUCUUUUUUGAAGCGGACGCGUCAUGGCGGGUGAGGGUUGGGACGGCGGAGCUACUUUCCCCCCCUAAAGCAAUACUUCACGAGAAAAGCGUGAACGAGGCUGGUCUUUCUAGCAAUAGCAAUACACACAAACUCCUCUACAAGAAGAAUGUCCGGCGACUUAACGCGGCGUUGCAAUAGCUCGUCUUGAUUGUAUCCAAAAUACGUGUGUGAGUGUGUACAUGUGACAUAUACACAAAUAUAUCGAAAAUGCGUGUUGACUAUAUGACGAUGUAUGUAUGUAAAUACAUUUUAAAGGAUAACUUAUUGUUAUAAAUUAUUUUAGGAUGAUACGGUGAAAUGUACCUGUAAUAACACACUAUAGCUUUCUUCCAAUUUUCUAUACACAAGCUAAUCGUAGGAGAAUAUUAUCGAAUAUUAUCUUUGCUAUUAUUCCUAUUAAUCGCCGCUCUUUAGAAUAAUAUUGACGCUCCCUCCCUUCCUUGAAGUUGGUCUGAGCCUAUAUGCCAAGAGGUGCUCGCUUCUUCUUAUCUGCUCAUCACACAUGCACACGCACACACUUUGUGUGAGAAAGCACAUGUUCUAAAGUCUCACUGCUGGCAGGGAAUGCUUUUUGUGUUUGUUUGUCGUGUGUGUGCGUGUGUGUCGUGGGAGCACGUGAUCAUCUAUAAAACAUGUGAAGUCAGCUUUCAAGGGAAUUUGCUCAUUCGCCUAAAUAAGAAAGAAAAAAAAAAGCACACACAAAUGCGUGUAAUGAGUUGAUAGUGGACUUCUCAUUGCACCGCAAAGUUUUUCGAAAGUUCUGUUGCAUCAUUAGAGGGGGGCCUCUUAAUCGAAAUACGGUUGGAGUUGGAAUUGUUCUCGUUCAGUGGCUGUACUUUGACACUUUUGGAAGAUGAGAGGGGAUUUAAUUGCUGUUUCUUUAGUUUUGCUUUGUCUCGGUGAGCAGCAAUUAGAUUUCACAACCGGCUUGCUGCUGCUCAUUUAACAGUGGGGGAGGUUGGAUUUUUUUAUGUGUGUGUGUGUGUGUGGGGUGGGGAAUUGAAACCAAAAAGUGUGCUGAUUUCAAUUUGAAAGCAAACUUAAAAAAUAGCCCUACUCAAAUUCUUUUUAGUUUAACAAAAACUAUUAAGGUGUUCAUUCAGGCUCGAUCACAAUCCGAUAAAAGAUUUGAAACAAGGUAUGAUAUAGGGUAUUUUUAUGACCCCCCCCCAAGGCGAUAAACAACAAAGCUACCUCAAGAAGGUCGGAUCCGGAUUCCAGCAUGCCUUUCAUUGACUCUGCAGGUGAUAAAUGUUCAAACCUUGGCAGAGGUCUAAAUUGGCCCGUUAAAGUAGUACAUAUUAUAUUGCUCAUUUAUGGCAUACUUCCAGGCUUGAUUUGUAUUUCUUCAAAUCAAUGAGCAUGUUCAGGUUUCUGUCAUCGGCUAGCUGAGGUUGAGGACCGAUCGCACUUUUAUCGAGUAGAUCCUGACCUUCUCUACCGUUUAAGUCUUUCCCCUCCUGCCUGGUCUCUGGGCUGCAUGCCCCCCCCCCUACCCCCAUGCCCUCCCUCCAGAUGGCCUAUAUUAAUGAGGUAGACAGUGAGCAACCUCCUCAUUUCCCUCCAGACUCCAGAGUCACACGGUAGCAGUCACCCUGGCUACGCUAAUAUAUAUGCGCACAGAAUUUAUAUAUACGUACAUAUAUAUAUAUAUAUAUAUUAGGGAUGGGAUGAGAAGGGAUGGAAGAUAAGAUUUUUGAUGAAUUUCUAAUAUAAAAUAAUAACAUAUAAAUUAUUUUAUAAAUAUAAAAUAAAUACAUUUAAAUAUAUAAAUUAUAUAAUGUAAAAUAUUUUUGGGGGUAAAAAAAAAAAAUUCUCCGUGAAGUACUUUUAGGAGAUCUGCUAUAUUAACUCAGUUGUGGGUCUCAUAAAGCAUGCAAUUGAUGAAUUUCUAAUAUAAAAUAAUAAAAUCUCAAUUAAUUUAUAAAUAUAAAAUAAUAAAUAAAUUGAAAUAUAUAAAUUAUAUCAUGUAAAAUAUUUUUUGGGGUAACAAAACAAAAAUUUGUGGGUUGUCGAUCACAACUGUGACUCCGUGAAGUACUUUUAGGAGAUCUGCUAUAUUAACUCAGUUGUGGGUCUAAUAAAGCAUGCAAGUCUGCAAGCUAAAAAAGAAAAUGGAUGACAGGCUGUGCGAGGAUGGGAAAUGUCCACUGUCUCAACGGGCUCCAAAACCUACUGAACCAGUUGAAUGUAAAUUUCAAAUUGUCUCAUGAAAGAAUUCUGUUUUCAAAUUUUUUAAAAUGGGUCACAGUCUGACUGUAACCCCCCGAAUGUGCAAAUGCAGCCACUGACUGAAAAAUAGCACACAAGCUUGUUGUCUGCAAGCCACCGAGCGUAUUCCGACUCCUGCAGGCCAGCACAGAUAGAUCGCAAAUAGAUCCAGCAUCGAGUUUCUUCUGCGCAUCUGACCAGAAUAACUACGGAUCAUAUCAUUUUCCCCGUGUGUGUAUGCGAGAGUACUGCACACACACAUUCAUGUAGCCACACACAUGAAGCAUGUUGUUCCAUACAUACCUGCUGGUCAAGGUUCAACACGGUACCGCCGAAGGAUGGAAGAUUUACUUUGGGAAUGUACACAAUGUUGUUCUCGUGAUUGUAGAGUAGAAUGUAUUUACUGCUCGAGUAAACAAACAUAAUAAUAUGGACUAUAUAUGGACACAUGCAUAUAUCUGCUAUACAUUUUGAAAUGUUUUGGGCGCAUCAUGAUUCUUUUCUUCAGUUUUUAUUUCGAAUAUUUUGACAAAUAUUGUGUCUUAUUGAUUCUGUAAAUAUUUUGUUUUUGUUUUUAAAUGAGCUUUUGACACUAAUAAUCAUUUUCUGAUGCUGCCUAUGGAAGGACAAAGCGAUAUUUAAUCCUCACAGUCUACUUAAGUCAUGGAAGUGCGCUGUAGGAGACGAAAGGACAACACAAUGGAGGUGAUGCCAAUGUGCUGUGUUCACUGUUUGGUAGCAAAACACACAGCAGUGCUGCUUUGCAUUUCACUUCAUUUAUGCCUCUGGGAGAGAAGAAUAAAAAGCAAAAGUGCUGAAUCAUUCAA